AUGACGGCCAACGUGGAGCCGCGUGGGCGGCGCCCGGGGAUCGGAGUGGGUGUCGUAGUGACCAGCGGCAGGCAUCCUCGCUGCGUCCUUCUGGGGAGGAGGAAAGGGUCGUUCGGAGCCGGCAGUUUCCAACUUCCAGGGGGCCACUUGGAGUUCGGUGAAAGCUGGGAAGAAUGUGCUCAAAGGGAAACCUGGGAAGAAGCAGCUCUUCACCUGAAAAAUGUUCGCUUUGCCUCGGUUGUGAAUUCUUUCAUUGAGAAAGAGAAUUACCAUUAUGUCACUAUUUUAAUGAAAGGAGAGGUGGACCUGACUCAUGAUUCAGAACCAAAGAAUGUAGAGCCUGAAAAGAAUGAAAGUUGGGAGUGGGUUCCUUGGGAAGAAUUUCCUCCCCUGGACCAGCUUUUCUGGGCACUACGUUGUUUAAAGGAACAAGGCUACGAUCCUUUUAAAGAAGAUUUGGAUCAUCUGGUAGGAUAUAAAGGAAGUCACCUAGAGGUGAACAAGGAGAUUCACUAA